AGUGCAUCUCUCCAGCACUGCAGUGGUACGCAUUGCACCUCAUCUAAAAGCUCUUUAUCAAAUUAUAGCCUCCAAUAGCAAUAUAGCCGUAGAAUAUAUACAUAUAUAUGUACAAAGACAACAUGAGCAGCAGCAGGUUGAUGGAAGGCACUGAAGUAGGGAGAAAAAGACAGAUGGAGAAAACACAGUGAGUUACAGGGAAAAAAGAGCAAAAAGGGAAAGCCGGGAGGGUGGGAGAGCAGACUGCGAGAGAGAGAGAGAGAGAGAGAGAGUGAGGGGGGGAGGUUUAUCCAGCAGCGCUGAUGAGACAGAAGUUUCAGCUCUGUGCGUUGUACACGGCCAGGACAGAAGAGACCUUCCGCAUACAUACAGAUAAGAUGCUGCUCCCAGCCGGCCUGUUGAUUGUCCUGCUGUGCCUGAGUCACAUGGGCAGUGCGUGGGGUUUCGCCCGUCUGCUUGAUGAUGUAGAGCUGCGCUCAGCUUUCUCGGUCGCUCGCACCAGCAGCAUGGAAGGUGGACCAAAGAUGACGGUAACCUUUGACGCUGUUUACGUCAACAUCGGUGGGGACUUUGAUGCCAAGUCUGGUCUGUUCCGCUGUCGUAUCCCUGGAGCCUACUACUUUUCCUUCACCGUGGGAAAGUUUCCACAUAAGGACCUGUCUGUGAUGCUGAUGAAAAACAGGAAUGAGGUGCAGGCCAUUGUGUAUGAAGAAAAUGCAGGGGAGGAGAGGAAGGUGCAGAGCCAGAGUGUCAUGUUGCAGCUGGAGUUCGGGGACACUGUCUGGCUCCGUCUCCAUGGCGACCCUCGCUACGCGCUGUACAGCAACACCGGACACUAUACCACCUUCAAUGGUUACCUUGUGUACCCCGAUGUCUACGGCUACCAAACGCACCACCAUCACCACCAGCAGCACGCCGACUCCGAGCAGCCACUGCAAGACAACAUCCCACUGCCGAGCGACAACCAGGCCACGGAUCAUGUCAGACCCGGAAUGACGGAUGGGGAGAAGGAGCCGCAAAUGAAAGAGGAAGAAGAGGAGGAGGAGGACGAAGAGGAUGACCAGAGAUCUGCUUUCUCGGUGGGGCGCACCCAAAGCAUUGUGGGCGUGAACCAACUGGGCAUGCCGCAACACCAGCCGGUGAGCUUCGACACUGCAUUUGUUAACAUAGGGGAAGACUUCAACGUGACAGAGGGAGUGUUCACCUGCCGCAUUCCCGGGGCGUACUAUUUCUCCUUCAACGUGGGCAAGAUGCCACAGAAGACACUGUCCGUCAAACUGAUGAAGAACCGCCUGGAAGUGCAAGCGAUGAUCUAUGACGAUAGCCAAGGUGAGAAAGCUCUGCAAAGCCAGAGUUUGAUGCUGUCACUUAAACCAGGGGACACAGUCUGGCUCUACUCCCACCAGAGAGAUGGAUUCGGUGCCUACAGCAACCACGCCAAGUACAUCACUUUUACCGGCUUCCUGGUAUACCCAGAUUUUCCUGCUGCCACCACCACCAAUACUGCCACCAGCCAAUCAUAUGCAGACAAGAAACCCUAGCUGCAGCACCUUGACUAGGCACCGAACAUUUCUGGAGGAAUUCAUACAAGAUGGAAAAGUCUCAGAUUUCACAGAAAGUACUGGGGAGCUGUACUCCAAAUGAAUGCUGCUUUGUGGCUGUCUUUCUGCUUCAUAUGAAUUCCUUCACAAAGUCACAGCGACCCGGACUGAGUGCAGCGCUUACAACAAAAUCAAUGUUCAGCCAGUGGCUUCCCAGGAUAUGAUGUUGGCAGAUGUGAAUAUUUAACUCUUUAAUGAAAGUUCAGUGGUUAUCACCCACUCACUCCUGUGUUAGCUCAUCAGUUAGCGUCCAUGUCUUUUAUACAGCUCAAAAACAGAGUGGGAUUCAGAAAUGCUCUGUGAUAUACUGUUAAUGAUUAUUAUAUGAUUGGAUGGAUAUUGGGACAAUAUGGUGGAAUGCUAGCAAGCUAACUUCUAAGUUAGGCAACAAAGAUAGGUUAGCGAGCUGCAUGUGCGGUCACAGAUAUCUGAUAAUUAAUGCCAGCUGUCACUCACAAACACUGAAUCCAAGGCGGUGCAAUAAACACAGCAAGUUAUUUUUUAGACAGCAGCAAUGAAAAUGCCCCAAAAGACAGUUUCACUUCUCGCUAUAAAGACAAAGAUAAAAAACUGAACCUAACUCUACACCUGCGUAUUUCUGCUGCACUGAAACUGAGUUGUUUCCGUUGUCAGGCCCAAGUGGCUCAUAGAUUUGGCUUUGUUAGCUUCUUUUUUAGACGAGGCUGCUGCUCGUUGCCGCUUGAUGACAUUAAGUUGUUGACAAAUAAACACAUAUGUUACUUGCCAACUACAUUGCUAGAUUAAGUGAUUAAAUGAGGCGACUGUAGUUAAAGUGUUAUAUGAUUAUUUAAUGUUGGCAGUUGGCCGGUGCGUACCACAGUACAUCGUCCUUGUAAAGUCUUUAUAUUUGAUUGCAUUUUGAACAUAAGAUCUUGCUCUGAAGAGAAACUUGUAAGCAUGUUUUGAUAAAUGUGCAGUAAACGUCCUGUGUAAUGUACUGCAGAAUUAUAAGGGAAGGGUUAAACUGCAAAACGAUGUACUUAAUUCCAUUACAUUGAGCAAAAUGAAAAUUCAAACUGCAUGCACACUUCAGUCUGAGCUGUAGACAUAAAGCUGUGGUAGAUAAUCACUGAAUUUUUCAUUUUUUUGAGCAAAAUAUUCCUCCAAGUGCAUUUGUUACCCUCGUCCAAGGUGUUUCUGCUUGUAAAGUGUCUUUACUUUCUUUGUCUAUAGAGGCAUGUAAAUUGAUAUGAAAUUUGUGUGUUUUGUGUCAAAAUUAGUCUUUUUUUUUUUUUUAAGUUUGGUGUUUCUCGCCCAAAUAUCAGCCGCAGGAGGAGCAGAGCACGACGGGAACAAACUGACGUAGCUGUAGAAAUGUGCAGACUCCAUAUCCAUCCGACUGUUGACCACAUGCCACCUCUGAGCCUGCAGGGAUCUGGACCUUAAUUUGAUUUCUAAUUCUAGCGGCACUUAAUUCAUGUCUUCAGAACCACUGUGGGGAAAAUGUAAUUGCUUCUCCCGGCAGCUAUAAUAUGCAUGUCUGUUUAAUUUCACGCCGCAGGGGAAACGAUGAUGCUGUUCAAGUUGUGAUGAACCUUGACUUUAUGAAAUCACCUUCUCUGUUGGAAAGGCAACAUGUGAAAUCAUACUUCACUUUUACUGAACAUUUACAUUUUUAUUACAGUUAACUGGCUAUAAAUUCACAGGAAUGAGGUUCUCAUAUAACCAACGAUCAAAACCAGGGGUGUCCACCUCCAGGCCUC